CGAUUGUAGCUGUGCUGAACACAGAAAGAGUUUGGGAGGAGAGACAGGGAACAUCGCACAGGAGAGGAGCAUUCAUAAUGAUUAUAUUUCAACCAUAGGAGACUCAUGUAAGAAGAUGCAAAUAUAAAGCGAAAUGGACAAAAAUGCGUUUUGAAAUCAUGAAAGCCGGCAAGGUGAAAUUAUGCGCGUCACUUUGUAUGUGGCUUGGAAUAGUUACCUGGAUAGGAAAUGUUAAGUUGCAUCUUUGGUCCGUAUUUGUCCAACAAGCCACUGAACGAGGCUCUGGCGUUGUGUUCUCUGUUGCAAACGAGCAGGUAAACGUUUCCAAAAGACACGCGCCAGGGAACUCAGGAUUUCGCGAUGGAAAAAGUUUUCAUAUUCGCUCCCCGUUCAUUCUGGAUAACGUGGUCGAGCACCGGGUCUUCUGGAGCGCGUGGCUGGAAGGUCUCUCCACUCGUGUAUUUGGCGUGGAGCACGAGAGGAAAUGGAGAGAUAAAGUUCGGGACGCUCGGGUGGUUGUGCUUGAAGCGGGCUGCGGCAGACCCACAAACCGUCUCGCGACCUUCGCCGACGGCACGAGAGCAUGCGUGCGAUACGGAAUCGACGCGGAUCAAGUGUUGGGCGAAACGCUCUCGUAUUAUCUGGCGGAACUGCUUGGGAUUUCUAACCUUCCGCCCUUGGCGCUUUCCAAACUGAACCUGUCCAGUGAGCAGUGGGCAAGUGUGCGAGAAAAUAUCGAGGCAUUAGAAUGGUCGCCAAAUGCCAUUGUGUCUCUUACUGAGUUCAUCCCAAAUGUCACUGAAGUGUUUAUUCCAUUACAUUUACGAAAACAGCAAGGGGGAGGACUGCAACUCUCUGCUGAGACUAUAUCGAACAUGACUGUAGCAUAUCUGGUUGAAUUAAUGCAGUGGAGUGAUCUAAUCUUAUUUGAUUAUUUAACAGCGAACUUUGAUAGAAUUGUUAGUCACAUUUUCAGUCUCCAAUGGGACGCGCGCGUAAUGGAGAGGACCACUAAUAACCUUCUCAAAACAAUCAAUGGACAUUUGCUUUUUAUUGAUAACGAGGCAGGGCUUAUUCACGGAUACAGAGUGCUUGACCUGUGGGAACGAUAUCACACAGUACUGCUAAGUUCAUCGUGUAUAUUUCGGAGAAGUACAGUCCGGCGUAUAUCUGAGAUGAAGCGCUCCGGAAACAGCGCAAAGCUGCUGUGUGAACUGUACCGCGCGAGGGAACCGUUGGCGCGCGAGCUGGGCUCUCUGUCUGAAGAGCACGCGCUUACAUUGCAGAACAGGAUUGAUGUCGUUUACAAACAUAUUAAGCAGUGCACAGAAAUCAUGUAGACAUUUGGGAGCUCAGCACAAGUGUUUCCAUUUGUAGGUGAUACACGUUGAUAUGAAUAUUUGUUGCUGUCUGUAUUGGUACUUUAUCAUAGCUACUAGUCAUUCCAAUGUACUGCUUUGUAGAUUUAAUGAAUAACGUGACCGAAUAGGGGUAUUAAGCUAUUGCUGUUUAGUCUAUGGGCUGAUACGUUCUCCCUCUCCUGCUGAAGAGGAAGACGAAGAAGAAAAGAAAAAAAAAAAACACAUCUGGUUUCCCAGGCUGCUCUUUUGGUUGGUUUUUAGAAGGAUUUGAUCAGACAUGCUGCUGAGCAGUUUGGCCAGGCAGCAACUUGUUUUAAGAUGGUUUUUGUUAAAGGGAUAGUUCACCCACAAAUGAGAUCAUCAUUUACUCACCCUCAAUUUGUUCCAAACAUGUAUGAGUUUCUUUCUUUUGUUGAACAGAAAGGAAAUAUUUUGAAGAAUGUUGGUAACCAGACAGUUGACAGUAGCCAUUGACUUCCACAGUAUUGUUUUUUUCCUACUAUGGAAGUCAAUGGCUACCGUCAACUGGUUACCAACAUUCUUCAAAAUAUCUUCUUGGUGAGCUAUCCCUUUAAUGUUUUUUUUUCUUUUCUUCUUCUUUUCUUUUCCUCCCAUGAGGGUCCAUUUGGUAAGAAAAAAAAGAUGGAUCUUACUUGCAGUCAAAAAAAUAAUAAUAAAAAAGUAAUCAAAUAAUUAAUUUUUCUUCAUUUUCCUUUAAAGGGUUAGUUCACCCAAAAAUGAAAAUUCUGUCGUUAAUUACUCACCCUUAUGUUGUUCCAAACCCGUAAGACCUUUGUUCAUCUUCUGAACACAAAUUAAGAUAUUUUUGAUGAAA